CUCAGGACGAGGUGAGGAAGACGAAGUUCGCUAGAUCCAGAAUCAUACGAUGAGGUCGAACCACACGCAACUUUUUAGAACCUUCUAGUUCCGCAGUGGCAGUUUCAAAUACAGAGUAAGUAGUAGUGCCUGGUGACUGAGUUUCUUCUUUGCUCCAUCGUAAAGAUUCCAUCGCUUUCAUUCUUGUCUCAAAGUCAGUACGACCACACCAAAAAUGGUAUUCAAACUUCGCGUUCGGGUGGUCUUACAGCCACAUGUCCGGGUUUGCGAUUCAGUUGGUAUUGACCGCGCCGACAUGAAUUCAUCCUCCGUUGUGGAAUAUUACCUCUUGGCAGAUGGGCCAGAUAAUUGUGGCACCACACAAAAUGAUAUUGUGGUUGCGAUCCCCCUAGAGAGGAUACGACGCAACUGCCACGGAGCGUCCUCCAAGCUGGUGAGGCCAGCACAAAGAGAAGACGACGACCUUCCGCGCGACGACACCUUGGGGGGUGUGUUGGAUUGGUUGUCUGUGCAGUGCGUGCCACCAACUACAUCAGACUGGCCCAUUGUGGAAGAGACCUUCCGACGAUCGCUGCUCACCGUUGACGGCUACGAGUACACGCAACUCGACACGCCCAUCACCGACCUUCUCGAGUGCAACGAGGAGGUGGUUCUGAAAAUAGAUUGGGUCGCAGAAAGAAAAUUUCGUGACGAUGAAAUGGAACAGAGUAUUAAAAGUCUCGAUUAUAUUCCUGUCGUCACGGAAAGAGGCGAGAACUACGACAAACCCCAGCCAUUGGUGGACGCUAGUAUGCGUCACAGCGUCGCAUCUUCGUCGUUCGCACAGCCAGGGGGAGCAGGUCGUGGCCACUUUCAUCAACAGCGCGCGGGGGCGGCCACGAGUAGCAGAGGCGGGUUUAUUGGAGGCACUGGAAUUGGAUCUUCUGUCACGUUCAACAAGCGUUCGCAUUUGGUGCGCGAUCAUAACGUUAUUAACGCCACCAUUUUUUCUGCUCCUGCGGGACGAGGUUGUACCAGAACCAGUGGUGUGACUGCGCAAGAAACUCGGAAUCAACUACAGCACGAACAGCGACAAGCCGCGCAGCAAGCAGCCGCAGUGGUUUUACCGGCGCGAAAAGACACUGGGCGGGACGAGGAAGGCCAGGGCGUCGAUGAGCAAGUAGAGAGUCCAAGUUGCAAGAAGCAGAAGAUUGAAGCUACUGGGCGCGGCGGUGGCGCUGCGAAGGAUCUUCCAGAAACAAGCAAGAAUGAGCAAAAUGAGCUUGUUCCACUUGGGCUACGAGGACCUGCAGCGUCGUCGUCUGCUGCAGCAGCUGCGUCUUCGGUAGGAGCAGAAAAAACUACUUCUGAGCAACAGCAAGGAGAACGAGCCUCGAUUCCUAAAAACUCGACCACGGAGCAGCCAAUGAUUGGCACAACGACAACCGUCGAUGAGGGAAUUGUGGAUGAGAAGAGCACCAGCUCCGAAGACGAUCCGGAUAGUAGUUCGUGUGAGGAGGAUCAGGACGAAGACAAGAAACCAGCAGCGACAUCAGCAAACACAAAGAACGCAGCGCCAGCGUCUGUUGCUGCUCCAGCGGGAGGUGGUCCUGCAAACACGACAAAAUCGUCUGAAGAGGAAAGCAGCUCUGAAGAAGAAUCGGAGUCGGACGAGGAGGAAGAGGAAAAGCAGACCACUGCUGUUGCUCAAAACGCCGGCAGCAAGGCCAAUGCCGCCUCAUCUGGAGUUGAACCGGUACCACCGGAAGCGCAGCAACAGAGUGCAGCGGCCGGCGCCCAGCCGUCUUCCAAAGUCACGACUAUGGAAGUUGAUGAUGAUAGUUCAUCUGGGGAUGACGACGAAUCCGAUGGGGCUUCAAGCAGCUCCGGGGAGGAAGAAUCCUCUUCAGAAGAGGUGCAGAAAAACAGCUCAAAUCAGCAAACCUCAAACCAUCAAAACCUCGUCCGGAAAACAAAUAGGAAUGAUCAAAAAGAGAAAGCCACCGCGACCGUCGAGAUCAUGAACAAUAAAGCUACGAAGAAGACUGCGACCUCCUCCACCGAAGUCAUCCCUAAAACGUCCGACCCGCGGUGGAAAGUGAUGAACCCGAUGGACUUUGAGACGCAGCCGGAAAAGGGGGAUUAUCUCCAGUAUCGUGCGUUUGAGCUGAUGCGGAACGGGAAGGCCCGGAUCUCCGCGUUUAAAAUCGCAAAGGUGCAAAAACGGGUCGAGACAGAGACGGAGGACGAUUGGAAAUGCGAAUUGUACCUGGUGAAUUUGUUUUCGGAGGAUGGCAGUGUGGAACUGGAGACGGUGGACGUGCUGGAGCCCCAUGAAAUCAUGCAGCCCUACUUGAUUUCCAUGCAAAUGAACCAGAGAAAGGAUUUCGAAGAUGCUGAUCAUGAGGAUGAUGCCGUUGGGACGAAAAGCACAUUAUCAAAUCAGCCACUGGUCGGUCCUGUCCCAGCUCCAGACGGAGAGCAAAGUGCGGCCAAACUACGCACAAAGCAAGUUUUUCACACCCAGAAGACUUUCAUCACACCGCUGCCACCACCCGAGGAAGAAGAAGCUCUUGAAGCUGAAGAGGUACAAGAACCAGAGAAAACCACCGCUGUUACGCCCGUGGUCGUCGAAAAAGACCAAGAGUGCAAAGAAGCUAAGUCUGCCGGAUCUACUGAGAAUUUCGUUGCUGAAAAGAAAGAGGAAACAACGCCUCAGCCUGCUCCAGCGCAACUUAAUACCGAGGUGAACAAGCCAGUUGCUUCCGCUGCCGGCGAAGGCGGAAGUGGCGAAAGUUGUAUUAACGGCAACGGAGUGGAUGCAAGCAAUGUUUAUUUGCAGUCGACGACAAAUCCUCCUGGUCAACAGAUGUCGUUCGACCAUGCCCUGCUCAAUCAGUUCCUGCAGAACUCCAAGUUGGACCCGGCCGCGGAGAAAUCGUUGGCAGCGGCACUCGGGCUUUCCAGUCUACAGCUCAGUACGGCACGAGCGACACAGACAUCUUCUGCCUCGACGGCUGUUGCGCAGGAGUGUGUAGCUCCGAACAAGAAUGCAGGUAUCUUUUACAUGUUGAGCAGUGAAAUAGUUUUUCUUUCGCUAGACUUUAUUUCUAAAUCAAGGGCGUUGUGCCGAGCCCAGCUCGAAAUGAUCAUCAAAGCACUUCAAUCCAAUACGACUGUGCAGCCCUUUUCUUCUUCCAAGGUUAUAGUCCUUAGCACGUCUGUUUGACAAAAAUCCUUCACGACCACGAUAUAAUUCAGGUGCACAGCAAACACAAGCGACCGAGUUACCGACAGCUGCGGCUUCUCCAACAAGCGAGCUGGCUCCCACAUGCCAGAGCCCUGAACAAGCUGUGGUAGUUCAUUCGGAAACCACGCCAACGGCAGUGGUUCCUGUUGACGCCCCGCAAGAACAGCCCCAGAUCGCGGCACCUCCCGAGGAGGCAACUUCUACGUCCUCCGCUGCAAAAAAUCCUGACGUCACCAGCGAGCCCACGUCCAAGUCCUUCAAAAAUUGGAGCAAAGAGCAGAUCGACCGUGAGCUCACAAGUACCUACUUCCCGGCCUAUAAAAUGUCCCAAAACAGCGACAACGAGGAGAUAAUCCAGCACGAGAUUCUCGGGGAGAUCAUUCGGUUUCCGGCGACCCUCGAUGUGGAUUUAACCGUGAAGAAGAAAUUGCUCCAACUGAAAUCCAUCAUCCAAAACCAGUUUGACCACUACUUUUCGGACCGAAGUUGGCGGAACGAAACGUUUCUCCCGAAGCACGCGAUGCCCAGCGGGUGGAUUCCGAUCAAAAUCCCGAUGGGGUUCACGCGGAUCAUCGAGAUUCUGAAGGGCUACAACAGCGGGAACGUUGAGGGAAUGGAGAUGUUUGUUUGUCUCUCCUGCCAGGAAAGCGAAGUGAUCGAGGUGGACGCGGAGACGCACUGCGUCCGCCGGAAGUUUCCCUUGCCGACAGGAAACGGCUCGUGGAACAACGGAAACAAGGGCCGCGGUGGGAAAGGUGGACGGGGGAACAACAAUAACCGUCGGGAGAACAACGAGAACAAGGGCAGCAGAAGAGAAAAACGAAAUCGAGGCGGAAAUGGCAGCAACGCUGCUGGGCCGGCUCAGUCGGGCACGGCUGGGGCGUGAGAUCAAGAAUGCCAAUGCCUUGCACGAACGAAGAUGAGUGGCAAAGCAAAAUUAUACCAAGAGUAGCUACUACUAAAGUGUUGACAGCAAAUUUGUUUCUACCAACAGUAACUGAGAGUCGCUGGUUUAACAAAAACUCAAAACCAUGAUCCACCUGUACUGCACGAU